CAGUUCCUCAUUCGGCCUACAUACCCUUCUUCCCACCAUAAUUAUGGACAAUUCGCUAGCCGCAUUUAGAGACGGAAGGUCCCGACAGCUCCGAAAGCUUGCAGAAGAACAUUUGCAGCACGAUUUGAACCAAUCCGACCGCGACAUAAUUAAGAGUGCAGCUAGCAAAGUUUCAACCCAUGCCCAGGUUGGAUCACUCUUGGGUAUCGGAUUAGGCGUAUAUACCGCAUUCAGGCUACGAUCGAUGCGCCUGGCGUAUUUCAACGCUUUUAGGGCGAUGGAGAAGCCUGUCGAAGUCAAGUUUGCGGACGGCCGAACCCAACCCAUUCCCGAUAUUACGGACAAGCUUUCGCCGUCGAAAUGGAGUGAUGCGGCCACAUACUUCUUCUUCUCCCUUGGAGGUCUCUUCCUCGGUGGUGAACUGGGGUUCUUCAGCGGCACCGCAUCGGCGUCGCGAUCUAUUGCCCAGGACCCCCAGGCUAAGGAGCGGAUAGAGAAAGCUUUUAAAAACUAUCGCAUCGAUGUCAUGAAGCAAGAGAUCCAGCAGCUCGAGGGAAAGAACACAUCUGGACAGAUAUUCAGUUCAUAAUGCAGCACCCUGUUGGAAGAUGCGAUUAGAAGGCAGACCCAAUGUGUAGGAUGCGGCUUGGAGAGGCUGAGGACUACUACCUCUGUAUAUAUUAUAUGAUAAUGUCAAUAUCGAUAAGAAUCACGCGGAAUGCUCUUGGAAUGCCACCUCAUGCGAAUCCAAGACAGGCCAG